AUGGAGAAGCUACAUGCAAAAAAAUGCCGUCGCGUGGUGCUAGUUCCAUUCCCACUCCAAGGGCACUUGAAUCCAAUGCUUGAUCUAGCCAACAUCCUUCAUUCCAGGGGCUUCUCAAUCACAAUUGUGCAUACCAAAUUCAACUUUCCCAAUCCUGCGGACCAUCCAGAUUUUCAAUACGUGCCAAUUUCAGAUGGUAUAUCCAACUGGGAUAUCUCCGCUUCCAAUCUUGUUCGUUUAGCAUCCACUAUCAACACAAAUUGUAAAGAUUCAUUCAGGAAAUGCUUAACUCAAAUGAUGCAGCAGCAGCAGGAAGAGAAACAAAAUGAUCAGGUUGCGUGCAUCAUCUAUGAUUUUCUCAUGCAUUUUGCAGAAACUGUGGCGAAUCAAAUGAGUCUUCCUAGUAUCAUUCAAAGAACAAGCAAUGCUGCCGCAUUGCUAGCCUUCUGCAAACUUCCCAGGCUUAGAGCGGAGGGCUAUGACUGCUUGCAAGAUUCUACAUCAGACGAGUUGGUUCCAGGACUUCAUCCAUUAAGGUUCAAGGAUCUACCAACUGCCAGCAUGGGCAGCUUAGAUAACUUUUUACAAUUGAUUGCAGUUGUAUGCAACACAAGAACUUCUAGUGCCAUCAUUUGGAACACCACGGACUGCCUUGAGCAUUCCUCAUUGACACAGCUUCAGGAGCAUUACAAUGUUCCAUUUUUCACGUUAGGCCCUAUGCACAAGAUGGCUCUUGCAAAAUCAAGCAAUUUAGUCAUCAAGGAUGACAACAACUGCAUUGAAUGGCUUGAAAAGCAAGCUCCACAUUCAGUGAUUUAUGUAAGCUUGGGAAGUAUCGCAACAUUGGAUCAGAAAGAACUAACAGAGAUGGCAUGGGGUCUAGCUAACAGUGAUCAACCGUUCCUCUGGGUUAUCCGGCCUGGCUUAGGCAGUGGCUCAGAAGCACAUUUGCCCGAGGCGUUUCAAGAGCUUACCGGUGACAGAGGCUGCAUAGUGAAAUGGGCACCCCAAAAGGAUGUCUUAGCACACCCUGCUGUAGGGGGAUUUUUGAGCCACUGUGGUUGGAAUUCAACUUUGGAAAGUAUAAGCGAAGGAGUACCAAUGAUUUGCAAGCCAUAUUUUGUCGACCAAAAGAUGAAUGCAAGAUACCUGAGCCAUGAAUGGGGCAUAGGCAUAGAACUGGAUGAAGUGAUGCAGAGAACAGAUAUUGCAAAAGCUAUAAGAAGAAUCCUAGUUGAAGAAGAAGGCUCAAGAAUGAGGCAGAAAGUGAUUGCUCUCAAGGAACAGAUCAAACAUUGCAUCAAGGAAGGUGGUUCUUCUUACAAUUCUUUGAAUAAGUUAGUGCAGUUCAUAUCAUCCCUCUGAUUUU